AUGUUAUAUCCCAACCGGCAUAGUCAAAACUCAAUACGCAGCACGUCUGUCUUCAUCCUCAUUGCGCCUUCGCAUGCGGCGGAAAAAUCCAUCGCGCACCGUCUCCCCGAAAACGUGUCUCAGAAUGACACAUUUCGCCAGGAUUUUCUUAUCCAUGAAUGCAUCGUCAGUGACAGUUUGAAAGGCUGGAUGGACUAUCAGGCCUGGCUAGAGGCCGAGUCCAAACAAAUAGCAAACCGAGUUUUAGUCCUUGAUAUCCUUCAGAGAGGAAACAAUGGGGAGCCUCGCAGCAUAUAUGUCAGUGCCGAAGACCGGCAGCGUCUGAAGCAAUUGGAAGAUUACAUCACCGAUAUGCUGGUUAUCCUCCAGACAAUGGUCGACUCCAUCAGUCGUAUCGGCAAGGCCUGCAGACGGCACUGCCAAACCAGUUGCAAUGGCACAGGCUCUUGCAUCUGUAGUCACAAGAUCGAAGGAUUUGAAGGGUAUGCCGCAGAAGCUCAGACAUCUUUGAACCGCGCGAAGGUGCUAAGAGAGCGCGUUCAAUCUACAGAGCAAUUGUGCUUGCACCUCUCAGAUCUGCUUGCUUAUGAAGAAGCGGCCGCAUUGACACAGCUUGCGUAUGCCUCCCGUAUUGAGAGUGAGGAGAUGGUUAAGCUGGCGGUCAGUACAAACGGCCUUCGUAUAGUCACUUAUCCCUCUUAG